AUGACCAACGUGGACGCCAUUCACGAGGCCACCGCCAUGCCCGAGGCCGCCGACAUGUCCGACACCCCCGCCAUGCCUGCCACUGGCAUGCCCGACUCCGACGCCACGCUCGAGGCCGCCGGUAUGCCCGACGUGCCCGACGCUGACGUCAUGCCCGACGCCCCCGCCAUGUCCGACUCUGACGUCAUGCCUGAGGCCGCCGACAUUCUCGACCCGGACGUCGUGCCCGAGGCCACCUGUGAAAAGUCUCGGUGGAUUUCGCCACCGAACCCAUGUCCAGCUGACCCGUAUCAAUCCAGGAUGCUGACCCGUAUCAAUCAAGCAGAUUUCAAGUGCGUCAUGGCCGCGAUGGAUCUGGACCACCAACUGUCGGACAUGAGCCGUGAGACGAAGGAAGCUGAGCCCGAGGUCUGGGCGGAGCUCCGCUCAGACUCUGGGCUUGAGCGAAGAUUGUCUGAGACCCGAGAUGUCUGGUGUUGGGUAUCCCAAGUCUGA